AUGUUAGUUCGAUUUCCAGAGGCUUUGGGUACUGUAUACUUUCGCUUUCACUUUGGUCAGAUUUUCGUACAGUUUGUGUUUGCUUCUUUUCUUAUUCUUUCUUUCUCUCGCAUCUAUCUAUCUAUCUAUCUAUCUAUCUAUCUAUCUAUCUAUCUAUCUAUCUAUCUCAGUCUGUUCAUAUCUAUCUAUCUAUCUAUCUAUCUAUCUAUCUAUCUAUCUCAGUCUGUUCAUAUCUAUCUAUCUAUCUAUCUAUCUAUCUAUCUAUCUAUCUAUCUAUCUAUCUAUCUAUCUCAUUUUGUCUUCUUUUUAUUUGUCUUUUAUUCCGUUUAUUACCUUUUCCAAUUCACCAUCUUUAAUUUUCUUUCUUCAUCUUCUCUCUUCCUUUCUCUUUUUUACCCCCCUUCUUUCACACCUCUCACUGUCUUUUCCUCUCCAUCUCUCUCUUUCCCUUCUCUCUUCUCUUUCUUCUUUUUUUCUAUCUUCUCUUUCUACUCCUCCCCUUUCUCCUCUCUGUCUAUCUUACUAUCCAUUCCUCUCCCUGUCUUUCUCAACUGCUCUCGUUUUCACCUCCUCCUCCUCCCCCUCCCUCCUCCCUCCCUCCCUCCCUCCCCCCUCCCAUUCUCCAUCCCCUCUCUCGUCUUCCCGUCUUCUCUUUUCCCUUUUCUUUAUUCUCUCUGUCUUUCCUUUGCUCUCCGUCUCUCCCAUCUCCAUCUUUCUUCUUUCUUCCUCCUUUUCUUUUUCUCUACCAUGUCCCUUCUCUCUCUACUCUUCCUCACUUUCACCACUCUCUUUCUCUCUCUCUCUCCCUUACGAUCUAUUUCUCUCCCUAUCUAUCAACCACGCUCCCACUUUGUUUUCGCCUUUCUCCCACUUCCUUUAUCACGUCUCUCUUCUUCCCUUCCUUCCACCUUUCUUUCGCUCCUCUCUCUUUCUUUUCCACCCCAUUCCCAUCUCUCUGCCUUCUCUCUUCGUCUCUUUCCUCUCCUAUUCUCUACUAUGCUUUCUCUUUAUACUCCUCCUUCAUUUGUUUUCUCUAUCUCGCUCGAUAUCUUAACCAUUUCUCCCCCUUUCUCAAUCACUCUUCCGGUCUCGUUUUCACCUCUCUCCCACUUUCUCAAUCUAUUUCUCUCCCUCUCUUAA